AUGCCAGUGCGGUCCGCGGCGCAAUGCCGUCCCGUGGGACGUGUUUCUCACUCGUCCGCCGUCUGGAUCACAGACUCAAUGCUUCGGCAGGCCAUUGAGCACUAUCACCGCCAAUUCCCCCCUGCCGCGUCGUGUCGACGACUCAGCUCGCACUCUGGGCCCCUCGAGAGCCGCCGUCGCCAGCUGGGCAAGCGUAGCAUGACGGGAAUCAUGCCCUCGUCGUCAACGUAUCCCCCGCUAUGGCACUUUGACAUUGCCUGGGUUCCCAGCGAAUGGAAAUGGGAGCCGCCAUCUACUAUGGAGGAACGAAAGAGAAAGAAGCAGGCAAUCAAUCCCUCGGCGCUCUUUGAUGGCCUAAUAUCGUGGCUCGAAAAGUCGGAUGCCGAUAAACCGUUUAUUCAGCCCCCGUCAGCAGACAUUGCCUUUUCUAGCAUAUCAAGCGGAGGAGCUACCGCAGCCGAAUAUACUUAUGAUAAUGUCUCGAUACCGACAAAGUUACCCCAGGAGUUGGCGGUAUUACGAGACAGAAUUCUUCUUCUUGAAACCGUGGAUGAUGGAGCGUUGGAGAAGUUGAGAAAGUUGUUUCGGCGUGACUAUUGCCUCAGGAUGGAAACUGCGUCCCUAUCUGUCGAAGAAUUGCGUCUUUCCAUGGAGCCCCUCGAUCAAAUUUUGAGAGACAAGAUAUCAGACCCGAGAAUGGCAGAUGGAUUCGUCGCUAGAAUUCGCCGCACCGUCUUGACCGGUCUUGGUGUUGCCCAAAAGAGGAAUCCUGAUAAUGUCGCUGUGCUGGAUCUCUGGAUGGCAUUUGCCAAUAUUGUUUCCACUACGGGAGGUGAUUACCAGAACAUCAGGCUUUUCAAACGAAUGAUGAGUUUGAUGCCGGCCUGGGUGCGAUCUCAGAUUCCCAUGGAUCAGAUAUCAACCUUGGCGCAAUGCUUUGUCAUGGCUCAAGCGAGCAGCGGCAAUCUUCCCAAGCGUUGGACAGCCACCGCAGCUCAAUUCGGAGAGGCCCUUUCGAUGCUGAGCCCCGCGCAAAUACAGACUUUGGAUACCGACAUGGCCGCUCUUUUUUCACAGCAAGAGCAGGACCUGGAGACUAGUCGGAAAUUACGAUUUUCAUGGCUGAUGGCCAAAGCAUACAAUCCAACAACAACUAAUGAAGCGUUUACACAAUCUUACCGAGAUUUGAUCAUGUCUCAUGGGAUUGAUCCACGACAUAUCCAACUGUGGCAGAUUAUAGUCGGCCGAUUAAGAUCAGCGGGCACCAUCAGUGAUGAUGCCCACUCUGAGCUUACACAAACGCAGUACAGCUCCUUGUCAAAACGAUGGGUGGCCUUGUUCUCCACAAUCCAUGGCCUUCCCAACGCCAGCAGCAUCUUGACACAGCUUUACAGCUUCUUCAAGGACGUCAAUCAAACAGACGCCCUCAUUCACGCUGUAUCCUCACUUCCACUCUCCCGAAUAUCCAUCGACUCAGCGCGGACAAUAGCCACGUCAUGUGACGAUCACAGACUCGCCCUACAGCUCUAUGAAGCUCUUCGACUACGACUCGGCCAGGAAUCACACAUCACAACGUGGGGCUGGGAGGCAUGGGCUCCCUACGUCGAACGCAUCAUCAAAGAUGCAGAAAUCACACGGCCGGUGCACUGGCAAGCCAUGGACCUCACGCGGCUCGCAACGGCGCCCACCGCGGCUCCGGAGGAAAUCGCCCGCGAGAUCCAGGCCAAGAUGGCCCUCGUCGACCGCAUGGGCCAGUGGUACUUGGAGGCGGCGCACCUCAACGACCGCCAGAAGCUGCGGCGCCUGCAGCGGUGCGCAAGCGUCCAGCGAAGCUUGACCAGGGCCGUCUCGCCGCUGGUGCUGGCGCGCGUGGCCGACGUCGUGACACGGGACCUGCAAAGGGGCGAAUGGGGCCGCACGACGUGGUUGCAGUGGCUUCUGGGCAUGGUUGCGCAGAUGCACGGCGACGAGCACGCCAGCGAGGUGUCCAAGACGCUCGACGGGUGGAGGUGGAUGGUUGAGCGUCACAAGGCGCCUUGA